CACCACAAUCCCGAACAAGCAGCAAGCAAGCAUCUUCUGCUUCCUUCUUCAUCAUGCAAGUUGCAAAUGAUGGUGUAGUGGGAGAGUGAUAACAGGAACGACCAUCUACCUCGAUACCGGUAGCAACAACCCAAAGAAUCCAUCGCGUGAUACCAGCCAUAGCUGUAGUGCUAACCGUAUAACCGCAGGGGUGUUCUUUGGCUCCAUUUGAUUGCAUGAGUGAUACCGGCAGCAGAGACCACCAUGGCUGACUUACUAUUACUGGGUCAAGAAGAGACCCGCAAAACCAUUGACAAGGCAAAUAUCUAUUGUCCUUUCUGUCGGCAACACCAGAUCUGCAAAGAAAAGGAACUUGGUCUGUACGUGUCCUUCUUUUUUGUCCCCAUCAAACGAGCCGCAGUCUUUACCAAGUAUUUCAAAUGUCAGACCUGUCGCAAACGGUUUCCGGCCUAUGGACCCGAUUGGGAGAAUCUCGAGCAACGUGUGGCCAUGGAAUUUCUCAUGUUGACGUGCAUGGUGCGAGUACGAAUGGCCAAUGGAGCAUUUCGCAAAGAACCCGAAGGAGUGGCGGUCGGUCAACAAUUUUUGAUUUUUGCCCACACGGUGGUCGGCGAAGCAGAUGUCGUGGAGCGCGCCAUUUACAUGAAAAAGGUGACUGGAGCCGAUAAAGGUUUGGAAGAAGAUUUAAUUCCCAUGGUGAUUGAAAAACUCAGUAUUGAGCAACGAGAACACAUUCUGAGAUCGAUGGCAGCAGUUACCCUCUCGGAGGGAAAAGUCAAUGACAGGGAAGCCAGGGUAUUUGAAGAAGCAGGGCGGAUAUUUGGGCUAGAAGAGAAAAUUGUGGCCAAGUAUGUCAAGAAAAAGAAGAAGAAGAGAUAGAUAGGAUAGAAGAAUUCUAUCAGAAAUUUCUGCCGAGAGAACACAACGAUCGGCAACAAGGGCUCAAUGCCAACUCGAAAACUCGAAACCUCUUUGCUACUUUUCUGCAUCAAACCUUCCAGCCAGGCCUGUAUUAUGUUUCACGGGAUACAAGAUUAGAGAGUCUUGUGGCGAAACGCACUACUAGUAAUUUUUGAUGAGUUACUACGU